UGUUUGGCCCCAAAAUGCAGAAUGAGGAUGUGUAUCAGGAGGUGGCAAUGCCCAUCAUUGAGUCUGCUCUCACCGUCUUCAAUGACACGAUCUUUGUUUAUGGACAGACAUCUUCAGGCAAAACUUUCACCAUGAUGGGGGAUCGCAGCAGCCCAGGCAUUAUUCCCUUGGCUGUGAAGAACAUUUUUCGUCUCAUUGAAAAAACGCCAGACCGAGAAUACUUGAUCAGAGCAUCGUACAUGGAGAUCUACAAUGAGAAUAUCUCUGACAUCCUGGUAGGACGGGAUGCCAGGGGUCGCUCUCUCAACAUUCGUGAGGACAUAUCAGGGACAGUGUAUGUGGCUGACUUGAGUGAGGAAUGCUCCAACUGUGAGGAACAGUUGCUGGAGAUUGUCAAGAGAGGAGAGAAGAACAGGCAGAUAGUUACCACUAAUAUGAAUGAACGCAGUUCCCGCUCUCACACCAUCUUCCGCCUGCUCCGUUAUUAACUUCAGUGACUCCAAGCUGACCUGGAUUCUGCAGACAUCCCUUGGUGGCAACUCCAAGACUGCCAUCAUCUGCACAGUGACCCCAACAGCUGUGGAGCAUAAUAAAUUGGAUACACAUGAUCUUCCUUUUCUGAAAUCAAACUGUUUGCCUUUCACUCAGAAUGUUUUCACUUUCUAGAU